CCGCCGGCUUAUAGAGGUGGUAGGUUAUAGUGCCCGGGAAAACGUUUAUCCUAGGUUGCUUUUGAAACGACUUCGUUAAAGGACUCGGACGGACGUUAUUGAGUUUAGGUGUGAUUCCGAGCAAGAAGGGCCUACGAAGAUGGGGUUACGUACACCUCACAGAUGACGCUCUGAGGUCCUCUUUGCCUUUUGUUUUAGCUUCUUUUUUUUCCUUGAUUUACUCUGGGGUUUGAUUACCUAAUUUAUUCACUCUGUUUCAUCUGUUUCAUUCUCGUGUUUCUUUCGUUCAUAUUUUUUUCCGUGGUUUUGCGCUCGUCCUCUUGUUUUGAUAUUCUUUACUUGGUUUUCUCAUUAUUUCGUCCACCCCCUUUUUUCGUAUCAUUAUUCCUUCUUCGUACUUUUCCUAAAUCUUAGGUUUUACUCUCUUUUUUUUGCAUCGCUUUUAUUCCCUCAUCUAGAGGCAUUUUUGCGGAUUUUGCGGUCAUCUACGGAUCCCUCAAGAUGGCCGUACCGCGAGUAUACGCAAGGGUAGUCAAGAAGGCAAGUCUUUCUUUUGUUUUCUGUCUCCUUCUUCUUCUCUCCAUUGCCGCUUAUUCCCGUCGUCAUUCUGCGCUUGUCUCCUCUCAUUCCGAUGCCUCGCUUUUUGUUUCUUCGUCUUUAGAUGUCAUGUCUGAACAGUUUACUAGUUCUAUGCCUUCUUCCUCCCUUUCUUCUGUUCAUUCUAAUUCCACUCUUUAUUCUUCUGCUCCUCCCCUCUUCGUCGUCGCGCCAAUAACCAACCCUAAAAUGGCAGUUCAUAGAAAACGAGAAUUCAGCGAAGGAAAACAGGAAACGAAGACAACACAAGACCAAAGAAAACGGGAUGCUCCAAGAAACAUUCCCCAUUCAACUUCGCAGCUGAAUGGGGAACGGAAGGAGGGAACCGUUCGUCAUUCCGACCCCUCUUCCGCCUCCAUUCCUGCCGCUAAUCUGAAAAACAGAACGAAGCUCGUCCUCGAAACAACGAGGAAAAGCAAACACCUCUGGCCGGGAGACUCGCAGUGCAGCCAAUUCAAGGUGAACUUCGCCGCCGUCGCCUCGCUUUCUCCGUGCGCUCUCGCUUCUUACCCUGGUUCUGGUAACACCUGGACCCGCUACCUGCUGGAGGCUGCCUCUGGCGUGUUUACUGGCUCUAUUUACCGCGACCACCAGCUGUAUCUGCACGGCUACUACGGAGAGCUGGACGACCAUACAGCCGGGACAACGAUCGCGCAGAAAACCCACGACUGCGGACCGACUCACGUGAAGGCUUUUCGAGGCACGGCCGUCCUGCUGCUUCGAAAUCCGUAUCGAGCCAUCCUUUCUUUCCAUAAUUACCUUUUCGGCGGACAUACGGGCUAUGCUCCCCUGGCUAAUUACAGGAGGAAAGACUGGGGCGCCUUCGUGAAGCUGCAGGCUAAGGCGUGGCUCGAGAUGGCGGUCAACUGGACGACGCAGGCGGAGGCAGGUCGCCUUCGGGUCCUGCACUACGAGGAGCUGAAGGAGGACCCGAUCCCGCUGCUCGAAGACGUCCUUCGCUUCCGUGGCCUCGACGUGGAUCCACUGAGGCUGAAGUGCUUGAAGAGCCACACCAACAAAAAGUUUAAGAGGCGCGAGGAGUUCAUACCGGCUGGUCUGGAGAUAUUUAGCAAUGAGGACCGUGAUAAGAUAGACCGAGCAAUUCGCUACGUGGACUACCUCCUCAGACUACACAACCAGCGGCCAGUUCCUCUCCACCUCUACGAGUUCUACAAUGGGACCGAUUCCUCUAAAAUGACAGUGGUACCUUGCAAAGAAGGGGAAACUAAACUACAGUGUGAAAAUAGGAUUGAUAUGAUGAACAAGUACAGUUUCAAGACAACGAAGAAGGGAUCAAAAGAAAAGGAAAAGACCGGAUUGGAAAGGUUCGUCAGAUCGAGAGUGGGUGGAGCAGUCACCGGCGUCUUCUCAAGCCUCGUGAAGAUGCUUUCCCAAGACCCCCUAGAUGCCAGCUUACAGGAUCCCUCUAACCUGAAGCCCCUCCACCUCCAGCAAGUGGCAGGAGCUCCAGUGGACGCGAGGCAGCUCAUAAUGGAUUUCGAUCCUGCCAAGUCUAUUGCCAAAAGAGGGCGCUGAGAGGAGUGAGGCUGUGGCAGUUUGAGGAAUCAGGAAGAAGAGGAUUUCAAGCAAGAAGAGGAUGAUGAGAAGAAAAGAGAAAGAGGGAGUGGAAAGAAGAGAAGGAUUUAAAAGUAAAAGAGGAGGAAGUGAAGAGGGGUGAAGUGAGGGGGAAAAGAAGGAUUUAAAGUAAGAUGUGGAUGAGGGAGAGAAGGAGAGGCGAGAGGAGGAAGGAUGGGAGGUUUCAUAGCUAAGAAAUUUGUGAUUUAAUCGAAGUGUAAUGGAAGAGAUGAUUAUAAAUGGUAUUGAAAGAAGGUAAAAUGACUGAUUAGGGGAACUUUUGUAUUUGGGAAGUAGAAGGAUAAUAAAAUAAAAGUGGAGAUGGAGAAAGAAGAGAAUACAGGGGGAGAGAGAGAGAGACAAGAGAGGGACAGAGGGAUAGUAGAGACACAAGAGAAGACGUCACAUACUUAAAGAUUACGUGAUGCUAUUCGACUUUGAAAGGAAAUCGGCUCGAAGAUAAUAGUCAUUUUGGCCAAAGUUUCAGAUUGUAGAAUAGUUACUUAUGCCAUAUUUUCAAUAGUUGUUAUGGACCAUUCUGUUACAUUUAUAGUUGAUGUUUUUAAUGUAGGCGAUUUAUUCAUUGUGAUGUAAUCUCAAUACCAAAAACUAGUGUUAUUUUGGUCUGAGUGAAAGUUAAUCAAAAUCUGUAUUUAUACGUUUGUAUGCAUACUGGUAUGUCUUCAUCUAUAGCUACAUCUGUAUCUAUUUGUCUAUCUAUCUAUCUAUAUGUAUAUAUAUAUAUAUACAUAUAUAUAUAUAC